AUGACUUUAAAUUUCAAAAAAGUCGAGGAGGAUGAUAUUAAAAAUGCAGAUACUAAGCAAGAUCAAAUUUUUCAACCAUUUGAUGUUGACACUACUCCACGAUUAGGUGCUGAUAUAGAUCCUAUAGACAUAUUUAAUGAUUUAUCAAACGAUGUAAGAGAUAGAGAUCCAGAUAAAAUUCAUAGGGACUUAGCAUUAUUCAGAUCUGCAUUAAUUCAAUCAAAAGAUUCCAUCCCUGAUGAGUUAUUCCACCGAGAUGUAUGUGAAACACUUAUUUCAUUAAUUUGCCCAGACACAACAUUAACAAUUCUUAUGCAAGCUCUCAAUUGCGCUAUUGUUUGGAGUGCAAUUCAAAAUGUCGACUUUGAACCUUUUCAAUACGAAGAUUUCUUUCAAUUUUUAUUCCAUAUUACUGUAGAACUAUGCUCAAAAAAGGAAACUUUCAAGCAUGGAAUCUCUUCUUUAACUCUUUUGAAAAAUAUAAUUUUUGAUGGACAAAAUUCUCGCAGACAAUUCGUUGAAAUGAAUGGAUUAGAAGUAUUUGCAUUACUUUACAACGAAUUUCACCAAGUAUCUCAUAUGAAAUUAAUUACAUCCAUUUUUUAUAGCAUUAUGAAAGAUGAUGACAUCAUAAUACCUAUUGCAUUAGGUCAUUUCAUACCAGAUAUGUACAUGCCGACCUUCAGGAGUGAUCUAUCUACACUUUCAGAGUACGAUAUCGAAGUUUUACACUUUUUCUGUAUCAAAAGUAUAGAAAAUGUUGUUUAUUUCAUGAGAAACAUCGGUCCUGCCAAGUUAUUUGCUGCGUAUUCCACUGCAUCAGUUGAAAUCAGAAUAUCAAUUUUGAAAUUUUGGUCGGAACUACUUUUGUGUCCUCAUCAAAGGGUUAUUGAUGAUGCUGUGAUUGUUCCAUGGGAUUACAUCAUGAAAGCGAUCAAAAUUGACAAAGAUAUCCAAGAAUUGCAAAGUAUGUGCGAAAUUUUGAUCAACGCGUUCAACCAUGGCUCAUCAGCCGAAGAAGGCAUCUUUAGCUCCAAUGUUGUGUUCGAAUUAUUGAAUAUUAUUGAAUUCGGCACAAAUCAGAUGAAAAGUGUCUCAAUAAAAGCCUUGUCCGUAUUAAUUGAGAACAGUAUUGCUUCUGUUACGAAUUACGUCGUUAAUAAUUCUUAUAUCGAACAAAUCGUUGAACUGAUUGAAUCAGACAAUGAAGAAGUUGUUCACUUCACUUUAAAGCUGCUGCUUAAACUGCUUUUUACAGCUUUCCAAAAUCCUGAGAUCGCAUUAAAAUUAAUUCCGAAUUUGUCGCAAAUAGAUUUUGACAACAUUGACAACGAGCUCCUUGAUGACCAGGACAAGGACUAUGGAGCAAUGUUUGACCUUUUUGUCGACAAAUCUUUGGAAUUAAUUGAUAAUCCACCAGAAUUACCUCCAAAAGUACCAGAAAUGGAUGAAACUGUAGAAACAGAAGAGAAUGAUGACAAAGAAAGUUCUUCAAGCUCAGAUUCUGAUGAAAAUGACUUGGAUUUGACUGAAAAAAUUGCUAGGAUAAUAAAUGCACCACAAAAAGAUGAAUCUGAUGGCUGGGAAGAUGUUGGAUAA